AGAGGGGAAAGAGGAGAGAAGCCGCGGAGAAGCAGCUUUUAUGGCCACCGGUCGCCGAUCUCUGACGCAGCUCGAUCAACUCCUUCACUCCCUCAUCUUCUUCGUCUUCGCCGAUCGUUGGGGCUGAUCUUGUUGCUCCGGCUUUACAUAGAAGUCAUGGCUGAGGCAAUCGAUUUGACUGGUGAUGGAGGGGUCAUGAAGACAAUUGUGAGACGAGCAAAACCCGAUGCAGUCUCUCCUUCGGAGACCCUUCCUCUUGUUGAUGUUCGUUAUGAAGGAGUUCUUGCUGAAACUGGUGAAGUCUUUGACUCGACACAUGAAGACAAUACUCUUUUCUCCUUUGAGAUCGGAAAAGGCUCGGUGAUCAGUGCUUGGGACAUUGGACUGAGAACUAUGAAGGUUGGGGAGAUUGCUAAGAUCACAUGUAAGCCAGAAUAUGCCUAUGGCAGCACGGGUUCUCCACCUGAUAUCCCACCAGAUGCAACUCUUAUAUUUGAGGUGGAGUUAGUUGCAUGCAAGCCGUGCAAGGGCCUUACAGUGAGCGGUGUUACAGAAGACAAGGCUAGGCUUGAGGAGCUGAAGAAGCAAAGGGAGAUGGCUGCCGCGACCAAGGAGGAAGAGAAGAAGAAGAGGGAAGAAGCUAAAGCUGCGGCCGCUGCUCGCGUUCAAGCCAAGCUGGAUGCCAAGAAAGGUCAUGGGAAGGGAAAGGGUAAAGCAAAAUGAACAGCCUUAUAAGGAGUUGCUUCAUGCUUCCCCUAAACUUGGCUAGGAUCUUAACCUUGAGUUUCGUGGAAUAUAACUUAAGAUGACACUUACCAUACUUGACGGUGUGCUUGGAUUUUAUUGUAUAAGCAUCUGUAUUAUAUUUAUCAGCUUCAUUUUGAGGGAGCAAAAUUGACCAGAAAGGAGAGAGUAUGUAGCAAAUCGACUCUGAUGAAUGGCAUUUUCGUUACG